CCCCCUGGCUGGAUUUGUCAGUUCCUGUGCGAAGCAAUGAACAAGUCAUGAUACUCUGUUGCGCUAGCGUCAGCCAUUGGGUACAGCCUCAGCGAAGUAUUCAUGCAUAAAAAGCGACCAUUGAAAGGUCAGUUGCUCUUCAUGAACAUGGCGUCACUUCUCAAAGUUCCACUUAUCCUCUCGUCUGCUAUCAUGCUGCAAAUAUCGCUCACUCCCCCACACGUCCCCCCGAGUAAAGAGAUUAUCCACCAAACAUUUAAUGAGUGGGUUUUCACUCGGACUAUUAAAUACGGGUUUCCGGUUUUGAAGGCAAUUUACUGGGCUGUUUCUUUAGCAGAGAUCGCUACCAUUGCCUCUCAUGCAAUCGACUCUCUGUCCGUUAUACAGGCCAUCACACAGUAUGCGGUCGGCCAUAGGAUUCUCGAUACACCCAUUACUUUCCCUUUCAUUUUGGGCACCGCACUUGCCAUCACAGGAGGUGUCAUCCGCUGGUGGUGUUAUCGCACCCUCGGACGUUUUUUCACCUUCCAACUCAGUGUCCGCCAAGGGCACUCUAUUGUCACGACUGGACCAUAUGCUGUCAUACGCCAUCCAUCAUAUACAGCAGCUUUUAUACACCUCACCGGCAUGCUAAUUCUGCACGGAUCGCCCACUUCAUGGCUUAGACGCUCCGGAAUUUUAGAUGUUCCUGGACUCAAAUUAGUUGUGGUGGCAUGGCUGGCGCAGAUGUCAGUUGUUAUGAUAAACAUCGUGUGCAGGAUCAGCCAAGAGGAUGAAGCACUGAAAUCGGCUUUCAGAGACGAGUGGGAGAGGUGGGCGAAGGUAGUCAGGUACCGAUUGGUGCCUGGCGUCUACUGAACCCAUAGCACCUGAAUUUAGUCGCCCCCUUUCCUCCUCCGACAUUGAAGGGGAUUCAUUUCAAGUUCAUUUCAUUCUACGAUAGCGCUCGGUUUCUUCUUUGGUUGACGGUAGCGCUGGUAGCCAGACUGUAGGGAUGUGCUAUAGAUUUUGUAUUACUAACUUGGUCUUUCAAUUUCGAUUUUCUACUACUGUUUACCGCGUCAUACUGCUAGUCAAUUAUAAUUUAUUUCAGCUGGUCUCCUCUGCGUAUCGAGGGACCGUUUUUGGCUA